AUGCUACAAGAUGACCGCGAUGGUGCGUCACUGGCGAUAUUGUGGAAAGGAAAAGUGAUCGCCAAUCUCUAUGGUGGUUACGCUGACAGGGAAGCUAAUAGAUUAUGGGAGGAAAAUACUAUGGCUAUCGCGUACUCCACCACAAAAAUCUGGGCCGGGCUAACAGCAGCGAUACUCGCAAGCAGAGGGUUACUGUACUAUGACGAGAAGGUGUCGUCAUUCUGGCCAGAAUUCGCUCAAAAUGGAAAGCACAACAUAACAGUGAGAGAUGUACUGGACCACCGAGCCGGUCUGAUCACUUUUGGACGUGAAUUUAUUAUUGAAGAGGCCGCAGAUUCCAAAGCUGUUUCAGCUUUAAUAGAAGAAGCAGUACCUCACUGGACUCCUGGAUCGAGUCGAGGAUAUCACGCAUUGACGUACGGAUUUCUAAUUGACGAGAUCGUCAGACGACUGGAUCCAAUAAACCGUACCGUUGCAGAAAUUUACAGUGAAGAGAUAUGGAAAGAAGGUAUCGAUUUCCAGAUAGGAAGUCGUAACAUGGAUGAGCGCCUGAUCGCGCGGGUUUCAAAUCCUUCAAUCGUGGAGUCAAUCAUAGCCCACGUCAAAAGACCAAUGAAGUGA